GGAUCGAUUCGUCCAUGUCGGCUGUUUUUUCGCGGGACAUAUUUAUUAUAAAUAAAAAUUAUUAUUUCAAUUAAUUAAUAAAUUUAUUCAUCCACUUGAAUUAAAUCUAUUAAAAUAAUAAAUUUAUUUGACAAUUCAUUUAAAUUGAAUCAAGUGAAUUCUUUUAAGAAAAAAAAAAAAAAAUUGAACUUUUUAAUCUCGAUCUCUGACAAAUCUCAAAAAUCAUUAUGGCGGACAAUGUAAGGUCGCAUUAUUUCUUUUGUCGUUAAUUAUAUUAAUUUUUUUUUUUCGAAAGAAAACAAUAAUUAAACUAAGUGACGAGGAACUCGUGCAGGGAACGAAGCGACUCGAUAAUUGAAGUGAACAUUUUGAUUUAAUUGACAAGUGACGUAUAUUUGUGAAAUACUUAUUACAACAAAAGCUGAAAUGCAGGCACAACAGCAACAACAGUCGCAAAAUCAUCAGCAAAUUGGUGGUUCGAGUGUCAUUCUCAAAAUGAAUGAAAUUCAACAAUUAUCUACAGCUGGUCUUCUUGAAUUGGCACACAGAGAAUAUCAAGCAGGCGACUACGAAAAUGCAGAGAGACAUUGUAUGCAACUGUGGAGACAAGAAGCGAACAAUACUGGAGUUCUUUUACUUCUAUCGUCCAUUCACUUUCAAUGUCGUAGAUUAGAAAAAUCAGCGCAUUACAGUAGUUUGGCUAUUAAACAAAAUCCACUUUUGGCCGAAGCGUACAGUAAUCUCGGUAAUGUAUAUAAGGAACGAGGUCAGCUUCAAGAGGCUUUAGAAAAUUACCGUCACGCUGUAAGAUUGAAACCAGAUUUCAUCGAUGGAUAUAUUAACCUAGCGGCAGCCCUUGUCGCUGCAGGAGAUAUGGAACAAGCAGUUCAAGCCUAUGUCACGGCAUUGCAGUAUAAUCCAGAUCUGUAUUGCGUGCGAAGUGAUCUUGGUAAUCUUUUGAAAGCAUUAGCAAGACUUGAUGAAGCAAAGGCAUGCUAUCUGAAGGCAAUUGAGACACGACCUAAUUUUGCGGUCGCUUGGAGUAAUCUUGGUUGCGUUUUCAAUGCUCAAGGUGAAAUUUGGCUUGCGAUACAUCAUUUCGAGAAGGCUGUAGCUCUAGAUCCUAAUUUCCUUGACGCCUACAUCAAUUUAGGAAAUGUUCUCAAGGAAGCACGCAUCUUUGAUCGAGCUGUUGGUGCAUAUCUUCGUGCUUUGAAUCUGAGUCCCAAUAAUGCAGUUGUUCACGGCAAUUUGGCCUGCGUUUAUUAUGAACAAGGGCUCAUUGACCUUGCGAUUGACACUUAUCGUCGAGCAAUUGAACUUCAACCUAAUUUUCCAGAUGCUUACUGUAAUUUGGCCAAUGCGCUUAAGGAAAAAGGUCAGGUGGCCGAAGCAGAGGAAUGCUACAAUACAGCUUUGCGACUCUGUCCAACACACGCCGAUUCCCUUAAUAAUUUGGCCAACAUAAAACGUGAACAGGGCUACAUUGAAGAAGCGACACGAUUAUAUUUAAAGGCAUUGGAAGUAUUUCCCGAAUUUGCAGCAGCGCACAGUAAUUUGGCUUCUGUUUUACAACAACAGGGUAAAUUAAAUGAAGCUCUUAUGCAUUAUAAAGAGGCAAUUCGCAUUCAACCAACUUUUGCUGAUGCAUAUUCGAAUAUGGGCAAUACACUUAAGGAAAUGCAAGAUAUUCAAGGUGCAUUACAAUGUUAUACAAGGGCAAUACAAAUAAAUCCUGCAUUCGCUGAUGCGCAUUCAAAUCUUGCUUCAAUUCAUAAAGAUUCGGGUAAUAUACCUGAAGCAAUACAAUCAUAUAGAACGGCAUUGAAAUUAAAACCCGAUUUUCCCGAUGCCUAUUGUAAUUUGGCGCAUUGUUUACAAAUUGUUUGCGAUUGGACUGAUUAUGAGGCGAGAAUGAAGAAACUCGUGUCAAUUGUUGCUGAGCAAUUGGAUAAAAAUCGUUUACCAAGCGUACAUCCACAUCAUUCGAUGCUUUAUCCAUUGUCACAUGAAUUUCGAAAAGCAAUCGCUGCACGACAUGCGAAUUUGUGUAUUGAAAAGAUUCACGUUCUUCACAAACAACCGUACAAAUAUCCACGUGAAAUGGGAACGCGUUUAAAAAUUGGUUAUGUUUCAUCGGACUUUGGCAAUCAUCCAACGAGUCAUUUGAUGCAAUCAAUUCCCGGUCUUCACGAUAAGCAAAAUGUGGAAAUUUUCUGCUAUGCAUUAAGUUCAGAUGAUGGGACGACGUUUCGUGCGAAAAUUGCACGUGAAUCGGAGCAUUUUAUUGAUUUAUCACAAGUGCCAUGCAAUGGAAAAGCAGCGGAUCGUAUUAAUUCUGAUGGAAUUCAUAUUUUAGUUAAUAUGAAUGGUUACACGAAAGGUGCACGCAAUGAAAUAUUUGCAUUAAGACCGGCGCCAAUUCAAGUUAUGUGGCUUGGCUAUCCAGGCACAUCGGGAGCGAGUUUCAUGGAUUAUUUAAUAACCGACGAAGUCACAUCACCAUUGGAACUUGCCAGUCAAUAUAGCGAGAAACUUGCUUAUAUGCCAAACACAUAUUUCAUUGGCGAUCACAAGCAAAUGUUUCCCCAUUUGAAGGAGCGUUUGAUUUUAGCCGAUAAAUCGAUAUUAAAGGGUAAAGUGGCUGACAAUGUGGCUGUUAUUAAUGCAACUGAUUUAUCGCCAAUGAUUGAAAAUACAUUGGUUAAGGAAAUACGUGAGGUUAUAAUGCCUGAUUCAAAAAAUAAACCCGUUGAAAUAUCAUUGAAAGUUGCUGAAUUACCAACGACAACGCCAAUUGAAACAAUGAUUGCAUCGGGACAAUGUCAAAUGUCAGUUAAUGGUGUUGUUGUACAAAAUGGUAUGGCAACAACUCAAGUUAAUACUAAAACGGCAACUGGUGAAGAAGUACCGCAAAGUAUUGUAAUAACAACAAGACAACAAUAUGGUUUACCUGAAGACGCUGUUGUUUAUUGCAAUUUUAAUCAACUCUAUAAAAUCGAUCCACUGACACUUCAUAUGUGGGCGAAUAUUUUGAAACACGUGCCAAAUGGAGUACUGUGGCUGCUGCGAUUUCCAGCGGUUGGCGAACCAAAUUUACAAGCGACUGCACAACAAUUGGGCCUCUCACCUGGUAGAAUUUUAUUCAGCAAUGUCGCUGCGAAGGAGGAACAUGUUCGACGAGGUCAAUUAGCGGAUGUUUGUCUUGACACACCUUUAUGCAAUGGUCAUACAACAAGUAUGGAUGUUUUAUGGACAGGAACACCUGUUGUCACUCUACCAGGAGAAACUUUAGCGUCAAGAGUUGCCGCCAGUCAAUUAAAUACACUUGGAUGUCCUGAAUUGGUCGCUCGUACAAGACAAGAGUAUCAGGACAUCGCCAUCAGGCUUGGCAAUGAUCGUGAAUACUUAAAGGCGAUUCGCGCAAAAGUUUGGAAGGCACGAUCGGAGAGUCCAUUGUUCAGUUGUAAAAUGUACGCAAUGGGAAUGGAGAUGCUGUACAAGAAAAUGUGGGAACGUUACAAUCGUGGAGAGAAACCCGAUCAUGUGGCUGCUAUCGAAGGUGGCGAGAAUCAGAAACAAAUGAUGUCUGCUUAAAUGUCCAAAUUGCAAAAAAAAAAAAAAGAGGUGCUUAUAUAAAAUGUAAUUAAAUAUUCGAUCAAAUCGCGUGAAAUUCUUUUUGAAUUGCAAACUUAAUCGGCAAAGCAAAAAAGAAAAAGGCAUUUACAUUUUGCAUCGAUUAUAAAAUUUGAUUUCCCUUUUCUACAAUAGAAGAAAAAAAUUUCAAUUUCUAUUGUAGAUUUGAAAAUUUGUAUCAUAUGGCCAAAUAUCUUUGUUUAUAUAGAAAGAAGGAACUAUUUGCUGGCAAAUUUAUCUUUGCACAAUACCUUCGUUUUUUGCUCAAAAUUAUUACGAAGGAAAAAAAUAUUUAUUAUGAGACGCUAUUAAAUUAUUAUCGUUAUUAAUUUUUUUUUCUCUCUGGCCAGCAAUGAGGGAAUAAUCAACUAUUUCAUGGACAAUUUCCCACUGACGGAUGGUACUAGUUAUUAUUUGUAAAAAAAAAAAAGAAAAAAAAUUUCGUCAAAAAAAAAAAAUCACAUACACUUGUAAAUAAUUACACACAAUCAUUAUUCUUUUAUCAUCUGAAUAGCGUGAGAAAUAAUGAUAAGAUCUAAGUUUUUUUUUUCUCUCAAUUAUAUAUGCGUAUACAUAUAUAAAAGAAAAAAUAAACACAUUCUCAUAUUACAUACAAACACAGAAUGGAUAUUAUGCGAUGUAAAUUUAGAGAAUAAAGAUAGAAAAUGACUAAGUUUGAAAAAAAAAAAAUACAAAA